AUGUCUCAUAAAGACGUGCAAGUUGAUAAAAGCUUGAGAUUCAUUGAGAAGCCUAUAGCAAUUGAGGAUCGGCAAGUCAAGAAUCUCCGAAGAAAGAAGUUAACCAUCAUGCCUCCAAGACUAAGAGGACGUGGCAAGGGUCCCAUGCGUGGAGGACCGUCAACAGCUGGACCAUCUCACAAACGCACUCCAUCGGCGUCUUUCUCCACCUCCGACUCCUGCGAUAUGUGGGGUCAACCUUUCGAGCCGAUCAAUCUCACCAUUCGCAUGAAUCUUACCCACCGCCACUCGUUGCAGUCUCAUUCAUUUCAUCAUUCCGAAUCCCCUUACUCUCCAAGACAAUUCAACCCAGCCGACUAUGUGAACGACUUCCUUGGCUAUAACCCAUUGGGCCCUGAGGACCAUUUCUCUCAGGAAAUGGAAAUGGAUGAUGAUCCCGACCCGGAGAUGCAAACAGGAACCCCGGGCCACCCUAUCAGCAUAUCUAGUGGGUCUCCGUUUCAAGGAUCCCCUUACCGUGGACCCGACUCCUUCCAAGAGAAGAUGGCUACCUAUGACUGGUUCUUUACUCCAUCUUAUCAUAGCUCUCCGGCUCAACCACCUUUAGAUGAUCCUCAACUUCAAGCUGUCUCACCACCACCACUCCCGGUAGAGGAGCCACCGCAGCAGCCACCGCAACCACCUCCCGAGCCUCCGAGGCGAAGGAGGAACGCUCGCAUGUCCGUUAGAGGAGGACCCCAGGACCCUCAGAUGGGUGGGCCCUCAAACACGGCACCGGAGGAUAAUCCUCCGCAAGCUUCUUAUGCACCACCUAUGCCGCCUGUGGGAUUUGAUAACCCAAUUCCGACGUACCCAGGUUCUUCCGGGUAUAAUCCUUAUGGAGACCCGUCGGGAUAUCCAUUGGGCUAUGGAACUCAUGACCCAUAUCUUACGGCUGCGCAGUAUCACCACCUUUAUCCUUCUACUUACCCUCCUAUGCCUCCAACUGACUACCCAAUUCAGGGUUAUCAGUAUCCUCCGUAUCAACCACUUCCUUCCCAGCAACUACAGCAGCAACAAACUCAGGAAAUCUUAGAAAGGUUGAUAAGGUUGAGCAUGAAACUAAGAAGAACAAGGAGAGGCAUACUAGCUUCAUGA